AUGGAAGACGAGGUUGACAGCAGGAAUGAGAAACGGCGGAUAGAGAGCAGCGAACCAUUCUACAAGAAAACUACCUUUGGAAGACAGGUGAAAAUGGUGGUGACUAUUCGAUUGGCCAGAAUUGGUUGCAAACACAACCCUUUCUAUAGGGUUGUUGUUACUGAUAGCAGAUGUGCAAGAGAUGGCAAGAACAUUGAGGUUGUAGGUUACUACAAUCCUGUUGCAGCCAAAGAUGAUGAGAAAAGAGUGAGUAUCAAACUUGAAAGAGUGAAGUACUGGCUAUCUGUUGGUGCUCAACCUUCAGAGACUGUGGAUAGUCUUUUAUUUCGAGCUGGUUUACAAACGAAACGUAAAGGUGGUAAGUAUCCCAAGCAGCCAGUUGAAGCCGAUGCCAAUGAAGCUGAUGGUAUAUCUCCAGAAGCUGUUCUUUCUAUUGGCUUACAAGUUUGA